AUGACACACUCGGGUUACACGCACACUUAUUUGCCACCGCAACAACGCGGCCGCGAGGGGUAGACGGCGCGGGUCGCGCGAGGAAACAAUCCGCGCACAUGUCGGAGCAUUUGAGCCGUUCAGUCGCCGUGGGCCGCUUCUCGAGAGGAGGAGGAGGGAGGAUUCGCUCUUGAAUGUGGCGGAGGUCGCUAAAGAGGUCUGCGGCGUGCUACACGCUCUUUACGUCAGUGGUCGGCGCCAGGCGGGGAACUGUCACUUAAACUGUGCAUUUACCCCCCCACCCCCCCACCCCAAAAAAAAAUACCGAAGAGGAAGAUUUUUCAUUUUUUGUUUGUGCAAGAUGUUGGGGGCUGUCGUGGCCGCGCGAGGACGUUUCGUAAUGAUAUAAAAACUGAAAGGAAGGAAGGAUUUUUUUUCUUGUCUACAGAAGCGUUUUUGUCGUUUUCCAGGCGGUGGAGUGUAAGAAUAGUUUUUUUUUUCUCUCGCUCUCUCUCUCCCUCCCCCUCCCUCCCUCCCUCCCUCGCUCGCUCUCUCUCUCUCUCUCUCUCUCUCUCUCUCUCUCUCGCUCUUCUUGUCUGAACGCUUCGACUCAUGACUCGAGGUUACCGGGAGCCCCGGUCGACUUUGUCCGCCCUGCCGCGGAGGAUCACCGGGGGCUUUUUCGCUGUCUUUUUUUCCGCCCGCGACCCCCUCGUCCGUGGACCCGCUUUUUAAUUGAACAGCAACAGAGAGGGGGGGGGGGGAUUCGAACAUUCCAGCUCGCGGCGCCUGUUUCGCGCGAGGCGGACGGGGUUACAUUGUGAGAGGAACCGUUGUGCUAAGAAAAAAAGAAAAAAGGAGGCUAUAAAUAGCCCAUGCAAUUCUCCAAAACUAUCACAAGUGGUGCAUCAGCUUGCGGAGCGAGACGGAAUCUGAUAUCCUGCGCGUACACGCCUCGGCUUUCAAGUUUUCCGGAUCGCUUUUUUUUUUUUUUGCACAGCGGCGAAAACGUGCGAUUUUUCUUCUUUACGUGAAAAGAAAAGCAGAAGAAAAAAAAAAUCUAAGAAGUUUUGACUUCCAAUUUCGUUUUUUUUUUUUUUUUUUGAGGGGGGAGGUGUGAUGUGGGAGGGGAGAAAAUGAGUCGUUUCCUCAUGGAUUAUGGUCAUUAUUUAACGAGGAAACAAUCAGCGGACAGACUGGUGUGGAAACCCGCCGAUGCGCCCCCGCGCGCGGAUUGAGAUGGAUGCAUUUCCGCGCUGCCCGCCUUUGACAAUGAUCACAUUGGGAGUCGCCUGACCUGACUCGCACGGGAUCCUAUUUGUCAGCCCUGCUCGGUUGUCGAUGCCGACGUAGGAUUUCGACAUGCCCAGCGCGGACGACCCCAACGGCGGACGAGUAUGACUACGGCAGCGAAUUGCGUGGCUAACGGGGCAAGCCUUGAGGACUGCCACUCCAACAUCUUCUCCCUGGCUGAGUUGACGGGCAUCAAAUGGCGCUGCUAUAGCUUCCGCGGCAGCGGGGAGUACGGGCCGGUGAUCUCCUCCCCGGCCCAGGACGACCCGGUUCUGCGCAGCUUCAUGCGCUGCGUGCAGGCCAACCUGCUGUGCGUGUGGCGCCGCAAAGUCAAGCCCGACGCCAAGGAGCUGUGGAUCUUCUGGUGGGGCGAGGAGCCCCGCCUCGCCGACGUCAUUCACCAGGAGCUGGAAGUGUCUGAGGAGGGACUCUGGGAGUGCGGCCUGUCCUACGAGUGCCGGACCCUCCUGUUCAAGGCUAUACACAACCUGCUGGAAAGAUGUCUGAUGGAUAAAGGGUUUGUGAGAAUCGGGAAAUGGUUUUUCAAGCCACACGAACUGCAAGAAAAGUCGCUGGGCAACAGUGAACACCUGUCGUGUUCCUUCUCCUUCUUCCUCCACGGGGAGAGCAACGUGUGCACGAGUGUGGAGAUCGCCCAGCACCAGCCUGCGUACCACGUCACAGAGCACCACGUCCGCCUCGCACAGGCCUCCAUCACGCCGAUACAAGUUAUCCUGAGUCCGUACGGCCUGAGCGGCACUCUCACGGGUCAGGCAUUCAAGAUGAGCGACCCGGCGACGCGCAAGCUGAUGGAGGAGUGGAGUUACUUCUACCCGGUGGUCCUUCCGCUCAAAGAGGGAAGUGGAGCAAAGGACAAGGGAGAGGGGGGCCAGACCUAUGAUCGCAACUGUCACGCGGCGGUGGAGGUCAUCGUGGGUGGAGUAAGGAUGACGUACCCAGCUGCCUUAGUGCUGAUAGCCCAGGGCGACCUGCCGCUGGAGCAGUCUCCACCUGUUCCUGCAACUCAGGGCCUCAGCAGGGAGCUGAACCACUGCAGCGUGCCACUCACACCGCCGGCGUCGCCGCAGCAGCCCUGCUCAGCGGACAGCGGCUUCGUGACGUCCAUCUCCAGCGUCCCCACGCCAGACAGCGGCAUGGGGGUUGCCAGCGUCAGCCCAAAGCAUUCUGGGAAAAAGCUAACCUCUCAGGUAGUCCACCAAGCCUGGAGGGAAUGCUAUCUCAACCAGCCUCCGCAUGCAUUGAACUCUCCAACUGGCGUAUCGCUUAACAAGGACGCGCCCAGUGGAGUAACCGCCUGGGACUUCAGCGAUCUGGAAGCCAGAGUGUCCUGCAGCUGCUCCAGGUUAAAGCAGCAGAAGUUGAACCUGACUGCCACUGCCAACCCCCAGACGAGUGCCAAUCCCACACAGUCCUCCGGCGUGUCGUUGUACCCCCCCUCCCUGCCCAAACACAAGACCAGCGACAAGACGGAGAAGGCUGACAAACAGUCCAAGAGGCCCGCCGUGAUCUCCUUCCACCACCGUCUAUCGGUCCCCCGUGAGACCCCUCUGGAACAGGACCCAGCAGGGGGGCCUCAGCUCGCCCUGGAGCCGUCCUUGGAGCCUCCUUCCGCUCUGCCCAGCUGCAAGUAUCCCAAGCUCCUCUCCAAUGGCAGGAAAGCCCCCGAGUCCCAUCUGCAUUCGCCAAUGUCUCCACUCCCGCCCACGCUCAGCCCGCACCCCCGGGUGCAGGACCCGGAGGUCCUGGAUGGGCCCGUGGACAUCCCCCUCUGUCCGGAGGGGGCUUUCGCCAGCGAAACCGCCGUGUAUACAGCUCUGCUGAGGCAGAGGGAGAACGGGGCCAGCUGGUGGAGAGGCUUCAGGACACCCAGGACGGAUGAGACUGACUGCAGGCCCUGUGAACUCCCCGCUGACGCGCUAGAGGAGGUGAAGACGGAGACAGCGGCCGAAGGAGCGCUGCUGAAGAGACUGUAUACACAGACUCACAAGAGAUUUAAAAUCUCAGAGGAGAGGGUGAGGGACCACAUCCACACUUUGGGCCUGUUCCAGCAGCCGGGUGUGGAGGCGCUGCGGGAGCCCGGGGAGGACCCCUACGACUUUAAGGAGGGAGACAUCGAGUACACGUUCUCCUCUUCAAAGCGGUUAAAGGGUCAGGGGCGAGAACACAGCAAGAAGGCCAAGGGAGAAGAAAUCACCAGCAACGGAGCACUGCCUGACGGGAACGAUGCAAUGUCGAUUUUUAACUCGGCUCCGAAAUCGGAAGAAUCAGGUCAGGAUGCCGAUGGAGCCGCCAAGGCCAACCCUUCUCUGACCAGAGAAAAAGAUCUGGUGGUCAACAUCUCAGAUCUAGACAACAUAUUUGAUGAAGAUGAAGAAGAACUGGGGACUGUUUACCCCAACCAGCACUCAAGCAAGCUACCAGCAUCCACAGAAGAUCGUCCUCUGGGCAAAGAAGGGAGAGUCGCUGUACCGUAUCCAUCGACAGUAGCAGACCUCCAGAGGAUGUUUCCCACGCCACCUUCCUUGGAGCAGCACCCAGCCUUCUCUCCCGCCACCACGUACCGUGACACGCCGAGCCAAGAGCCCCCCGUGCACAGCGGAGCGGCAGACCACCUGCUGCCUUUGGCCUCCUCCCAGUUCACCGAAUACCGGAUGGAGAUUGACGAGGGCAUGGCCAGCCCCGGGCUGGAGGAUCUCAAGCCACAAAUUGGCUCCUCCAUGUUUGCUCCGCUCUCCUGCUUACCCAGCCACAGUCUACCGCCACUCAAGAUUACCGAGCAAUGCUACUAUCGUCCAUCCUGGGCCCUCAUGCCCAAGAUGGAGCAUUUCCCGCUCAUGCAUUCCCAUAAUGCCACUUUCAACAGGGAUGGAUACACGAACGUGCCAAGUGUCACCACCCUCACGGACCAGGAGUACGGCCAGAUGAGCACUACCACUGCCUCUGUGAGCACCAACGCGGGCAUCCUGCCGUCUCCGGCCACGCCCCGCUUCUCCGUGCCCACCCCGCGGACCCCCCGCACGCCGCGGGGCGUGAACGCCGCGAGCUCCGGGCAGGGCUCGGUGAAGCAGGACGGCACUGAGAUCAGCUCGCCGGCCUCCACGCCCUCCACCAGCCUGCCUCUCAGCUCCGUGGACCCUCUGGCUCGGCCGGGACCCUCCCUGCCCGAGGCUCACAGCCUGUACGCCAUCCUCCUGCUCUCGGACUCCGUCCUCAACGUCUUCAAGGAUCGCAACUUUGACAGCUGCUGCAUCUGUGCCUGCAAUAUGAAUGUCAAAGGAGCAGACGUUGGGGUGUACAUCCCCGAUUCCACUGGCGAAGAUCAGUACCGCUGUAUGUGCGGCUUCAGUGCCAUCGUGAACAGGCGGCUGGCCCACGGCACGGGCCUCUUCCUGGAGGACGAGCUGGACAUUUAUGGCCGGACUUCUGAGGUCGGCCGGGCGGCCGAGCGGAGGCUGGCCCUCUGCAGGCGGGACCCCAGCAUGGGGGACACGAGGGCCAAGCGCGCGCAGGACGCGGCCCCCGCCUCGCCUUUGGUCAUGAUCCUGCUGCAGGAGCACUGCUCCCAGCCCAUUUCCUCCUUGGCGUCACUGCAUCUGCCCCUCAGCUGCUCGUGCCACGGACGCAAGGGAGCGCUGCUCCAAAGCUGGGUGUCCGAGAAGCAGUGGGCCGACGGGAGCGACGCCUGCGUGGACUGUUACAACGCCUUGGAGCAGGGGUUACAGUAUGUGGACAACUCCACGGGAGGCAAAGUAGAUCCGGCUGUUGUCAGAAGUACAGCCCUUCACUCCUGGCCUCAUACAAAUGUGGUGGACAUGAACAUGCUGUCGUCGCAGGACAUGGUUCGGGUGCUGCUGUCUCUGCAGCCUUUCUUGCAGGAUGCGAUCCAGAAGAAGAGAACAGGACGGACCUGGGAAAACAUCCAGCACGUUCAGGGUCCGCUCACCUGGCAGCAGUUCCAUAAGAUGGCCGGGAGAGGCUCCUACGGUUCGGAAGAGUCACCGGAGCCCUUGCCCAUCCCGACAGUGUUACUGGGCUACGACACGGACUUCUUGGCGUUGUCCCCUCUGGCGUUGCCUUUCUGGGAGAAGCUGCUACUCGAGCCUUACGGGGGGCCGCGGGAUGUGGCGUACGUCGUCCUGUGCCCCAGUAGCCCCUCUCUGCUGGCCGCGGCCCGCGCCUUCUUCCAGGAGCUCAGCGCCGUCUACGAGAUGUGCCGCCUCGGGAAGCACCGCCCUCUGGCCAAGGUGUCCAGGGACGGCCUGGUGCGCGUGGGAGAAGAAGUGGAAGCGGAGAAGCUGGAGGCGCUGGGUGUGGACCAGUGGGUGACUGGACCGUGGGCAGGACAGCAGCACAGCGACAACCUCGGCAAGCUCAAGCUCUACGCGUAUGCGUGCAACCAGCAGCUCGGUCCCCAGCUGUCAGCGCUUUCAUUGGACGGCAGCCUCCUGUUGCCUCCCUCACACCCGGCAUCCUCAGCCCCGCCUGCCUCCUCUGGGCAGCCUCACGCUUGGGGCCCUGACGGUGGACCGGCUGCAGGGGCGGUCAGCGCGGGAACCGCUUCGACCCCGACUGCGGCGACCUCGAGCCAGACGGGGGAGACGACCCACGGUGCGAUGAGUGACCCCAAAGGCCCACCCAGUGCCACACCACCAGCCACCACACCAGCAGAAAACCCGGAGCUCACCGCAGAGCAGUCCAGGAUUGGCAUCCCCACCGUGGCCGAUUCUAUGGACAGCCUCGCCAACCCGCCGGCUAUCGUUAUUUACAUAGUGGAUGCUUUUCUUGGCUCAAGUGGAGCGAGGAAUGAAGGCGGAGAGGAAGACGAGGGGGACGAAGUGGAGGCCAGUAGCAUUUGGCUGCUAGGGCUACUUCGCUGCUACACAGAGAUGCUGAAGACUUUGCCCGAGACGAUGAGACCUGCACUUGUACUACAGGUCGUGCCGUGCCAAUACCUUCUCCAGCCGGCCAGUGGGGAGAGCCAUCUCUACCUGCAACAUCUGCGCUCCCUGUCCUUCUCCUGCUACUCCCAAUGCAGACGGCUCCUGCCCCAGCAAACCCCCAUCAAGUCCCUGACGGGCUUCGGCCCAGUGUCGAAUGUUAACUCCGUGCUUAAGAGUCCAGAGCAUCCUAGCCCACUGCAGCUGUACACGCCCCCCUUCAUCCUUGGGCCCACCCGUUCCAAGCAGCCAGAACCAGGGGAGAUAUGGGCAGAGAUCCCUCCCAAAUACAAUGUGCUCUUUGUUGGAUACUGCCUAUCACAUGACCAGCGCUGGAUCCUUGUGUCCUGCACUGACCAGCAGGGGGAGCUCCUGGAGACCAGUAUCAUCAACAUUGAUGUCCCCAACAGAGCGCGACGUCCCAAGGUUUCAGCCAGAAAGAUGGGACUGCAGAAGCUGUGGGAAUGGUGUAUUGGCAUCAUCCAGAUGACCUCACUGCCAUGGAGGAUUGUGAUUGGACGACUGGGCCGGCUGGGGCACGGAGAGCUGAAAGACUGGAGCUCACUCCUCGGGGAGCAUUCCCUCCAUUCAAUAGGGCGCCAGCUGAGGGAAGCGUGUCGAAUGUGUGGCAUCUCGGCCGCUGACUCCCCCAGCAUCCUCAGUGCCUGCCUGGUAGCCAUGGAGCCACAGGGCUCCUUUGUGAUCAUGCCUGAUGCAGUCACCAUGGGCUCCGUGUUUGGACGCAGCACUGCUCUGAACUUGCAGACGUCGCAGCUGAACACGCCUCAGGAUGCUUCCUGUACUCACAUCCUCGUCUUUCCAACUUCUGCCACCACCCAGCUGGCUCCCAGCUCCUACCCUACUGAGGACAAUGAGGACAACAAUGAUGACAUGUUCGGUCUGCCCUUUCCUGAUGAACUGGAGAACGACAUUGGCCACGACAUGAUGCUCAUCACUGGCAACCUCCACACGUCCCCCAACACGUCUCCCGUGCCCUCGCCAGGCUCUCCGUCCGGGAUGGGCAUGGGGUCGCAUUUCCAGCACAACAAGAACCAAGGAGAGCGCUUGAUGUCCAGGGACAGUCCACCAGAGGAGCUGAAGCAGCAGCCGCUGGCUCUGGGCUACUACGUCUCCACUGCUCAAGCAAACGGACUUCCUCACUGGUUCUGGGCCUCCUGUCCGCAGGCUGAGAGCCAGUGUCCGCUCUUCCUCAAGGCUUCCCUCCACCACCACAUCUCCAUAGCGCAGACGGAUGAGUUGGCAUCCGACAAGACCAAGAGGUCCCCUCACCCCUUGGACUCAAAGAAAACCUCAGAUGUGCUCAGGUUUGUAUUGGAGCAGUACAACGCCCUCUCCUGGCUGACCUGCACGCCUGCCACCCAAGACCGCCAGUCCUGCCUGCCCGUCCACUUGGCUGUGCUGAUCCAGAUGUACAACGCCAUCCUGAACAUGCUUUGAGUGUGUGUGUGUGUGUGUGUGUGAGAGUGUGUGUGUGUGUGAGACUUCAAGGGCGACUCCAGAGGGCUGAUGGGAACCUUCAUUUCCUCUGUGCCUAACGCUUCCUCCUUUUGGGCACCAGGGAGCAGCAGAGCUCUUCUGUCGCUUCGCGGCCUCACGUGGAUUUAAUGGCUGAAUACAGACAACGGGAGAGUCAGACUCUCCCAGGCUUGGAAUGUAAUUACUAAGAAGAGAGAACGCUCCGAACACUAAUGGGACACGUGUAACCGUGACACCCUGCGAGCCGAGCACAGACUGUACCUUCACAUCUGGUACUUUCUGAGGGGGGGGGGGCGGAGAACAAAUGGAACAAAUCUAUCCAACUAUGCCCAUUUUAUUGACAUAUCGCGGAUACUUCCCCCCCCAUCGCCCCACUCGGGCUUCACUUCUCAACGGCAUUCGAAGAAGAAACAUCGGACAUUUACGGAGAAGCUAUUAAGCAUUCUGUUUCCACCCACACCUGUGAAAGGGGGGGGGGGGGGGUCUGUGUUGGGUCACAUAACUCCCUAUUGUACCAGCAAAGUUCCAUGACUACUCAAACACAUGGCUUUGUUACAUCAAAGAUGCUUUUACAUUUUUGUAUAGAAAUGCACUCUUAUGCUUCUUGCAGUCGGUCAGUGAAAGUUCUGCUUUGAGUGGAAAGGGGCGCUUUUCCUCACCUUCCAAAGUGUUGUAGAUAUGGACACGGUGGAUAAUGUUUGACCUGUUAAGCCAGAUGUCGAUGUCGUUUAUGAUGUUAUGACAUACAUUUGCAAAGAAUUGAGACUUAUUUUUAAUAUUUAAAACGGAAAAAGGAGAAAGUUAAACAAGGCCUUUUUCCCAAUUGACUCUUAAUUGUUUUGGGAUCUGAAAUAAAAAAGUGUAAUUUUAAUGCAAUUGUAUAGAUGCCAUAUUUAUACAAAUUAUAUCAUGUCAUAGAAUUUGAUAUAAAUAUAUAUAUAUAUGAAUAUACAUAUAUAUAUAUAUAUAUUACCUCUUCCAAGCAGGCACUUAAUGAUAAGGAUGAUGGACUCAACCAUGUCUUUAGAAGUGGUCACAGUAUGAACAUUUAUCUUUUUAUUUUUACUUUCUACAGAUACUGAACAUUUUACCUUUUUCAUUUAAUGGAUUUAAAUUAAACAAAUUGAUGCAGGAGAUACAGUAUACUCUAUAUUUAUAAAGUGUCCCUCUGCUUAAAAACUUGAAAUAGGCAGCAGAACACCGAGGUUAUUAAAUAUUUAAGAAUGUUGCUUUAUUUCAUUGGCUCUCCUAAAUGAUGUCGAGCGAACCAAUAGAAAGGCCCGUCUACAGCUUCACCCGUCUGCUCUCUGUUAGAUUUCUAGCAUGUGUGUAUAUAUACACUUUUCAGCUGUGUUUUUUGGAUUUUUUUUUUUUUUUUUUUUUUUAAAGCUGUACAUUUCAUGCUGUUCGGUUUACUUUAAAGUGACUCAUAUCAAAGUAUUUUUUUGUUUUUGCUGAGCUUUUUGAUAUACAGUAUACAGUACAAAAGUCAUUUAAUUACAGCCGGGGGGUUGAAUUGCCAAGUAAGUGUACACAAAUGUACAGACACGGGCAAGUUUGCAAAAUUGUUACAUCUGUCAUCACUUUGAAUAUCGAACAGAUCCACCUUAGUGGGAGAGAUCUGUUACUUUUACACUCUUUUUUAGUAAAUUAUUAAAACUCCUGAAAAUGA